UGGAUUGACAAAUUACUAUAUAAACGACACGGUAUUCGAAAAAUAAUUUAUACCAUUUUUUGAAAUUUCAUUCCAAAAAUGACGACUGAAAAUUUCUUUCCAUUACUACUGAUGGCGUGCAACCUAACCGGCGUAGAAAUUAAUAAUGGAAAAUUCAAAGUUUUGAAAGAUUGCCGAGAUAGAAAAAUUAGCCUGUGCGGUGCAAAGAAUUUUCGAAAUAUUUCUGGAAAUUAUUCCAGCGAGGAAGGCCUGAUUAUGUGCGCCUACUUCUGCUACAAGGAUCCCUAUUGCGUGGGGUACAACUUCCUGGGGGGUGCUUCUAGCGUGGGGUACAACUUUCUGGGGGGUGCUUCUAGGUGCGAGAUGUUUUCUGGCGAUGAAAAAAACUGCCUGGCAUAUGCCGAUCUGUCCUGUAGGCAUUUUUAUAAAGAGGGUUCUGCCUUCAACACAAUCUUUAACCUUACCAUAACCAGUGGGAGCUCCUUGCAAAUACACAUUGAUGGCCGUCUGGUUAAGACGACGACAUCUGGAAUUUUUUUAGGACAGGCAACAACUAUUAUUGAACAACUUGCAGGUAGAAUCGUUGCUAUCCAAAUCUUGCCAUUUUUCCCCUCUCCAACAAAUAUUCAAGUAAAAUUAGAACCAAUUUAUAAAGAGAUCUCAUGGAACAACGUUUGGAAAUGUAACCCUUUAAAUGCUAGCGGCUGGACUACUUUGCAUUUCGACGAUUCUGACUGGAUCGAUUCAGAUGGCUCUCUUUUGAAGCCAAGUACUGCUUCGUAUUACUGUAGAAAGCGUAUGAUGGUCUUUGAGUUUCUGGCAGACAGUAUUCGAACCAUGCCACCAACGUAA